CUCUGCAUGAUGUUGUGAUGCUUCCAGAACCACAGGAGAACCAUGGUGAACUCUACCCACGUUUCAUAUUUCAUACUCAGUGCAUACUCUGACACCGGGGUCUUCAAACCUUUGUAUUUCCUGAUGAUUCUGGCUUUGUAUGUCUGUAUUAUAGGAGCCAAUGUGUUGCUGAUUGUGGUGAUCUGUGUGAACAGGAGCUUACAUGAACCUAUGUACCUGUUUCUGUGCAGCCUGUUUGUAAAUGAACUGUAUGGUAGUACAGGGUUGUUUCCAUUCCUUCUGCUUCAGAUCCUCUCUGACAUUCACACUGUUUCUGCUCCGCUCUGCUUCCUGCAGGUCUUCUCUCUGUACACUUAUGGAAGUGUGGAGCUGUUUACUUUAGGAAUCAUGUCUUAUGACCGAUAUCUGGCUAUCUGUUAUCCUCUGCAGUACAACACACGGAUGACUCCCAACAAGGUGGCGUUCCUCACUGUGUUUGUGUGGUUGUACAGCAUUCUGACAAGUGUGGUCAUGAUAUCUCUGAGUGCCUCUCUGCAGCUGUGUGGGAACAUCAUCAACAAAGUGUACUGUGAUAACUUCUCCAUUGUUAAGCUGGCCUGCUCUGACACUACAGUCAGUAAUGUGUAUGGACUGGUUUACAUAUUUACUGUAAUACUAGCUCUUAUAAUCCUGAUCCUCUACUCGUACAUGAGGAUCCUCAGAGUGUGUUUCUCUGGGUGUAAGCAGAGCAGACAGAAAGCUGUCAGUACCUGCACUCCUCAGCUCGCCUCCCUCCUCAACUUCUCCUUCGGGGCUUUCUUUGAGAUAGUGCAGGGCAGAUUUAACAUGAGGAAAAUACCUAAUAUUGUGAGGAUUGUUUUAUCGUUGUACUGGCUCUCGUGCCAACCGCUCUUUAACCCUUUGUUGUAUGGACUGAAUGUAACCAACAUACGGGUCCUUUGCAGGACUCUUGCUUUCUGGUAA